GAGCCCCGCGGGACCCCAUUUCAGAGCCUGCCUCUGCCCCUCGCCAGCGGGGCCAGCGACUUGUUCCUCGCCCUGUGGGCGAGGGGGAAGGAGCCUUUCCCAGCGACUCCCAGUCCUGCCCGGCGCGAUGGGCACCCGGGAGCUGGCCUGGGGUGCAGGCGUGGAAACAGGGCUGUCUGGGAGCAGCUCCUGCUGGGGACCUCUGAUCGGUUGUGGUGCGGUCCAGCCCCUGCCUCCAGUUCCUCGGCUCGUCGCACUCAGCCUGCUGCUCGGAUGUCGUCCCCAUGAGCCCCAGGCCGGCUGGAGGGCCAGCCGGGCAGAGCGAACGGCGGAGCGCCUGGCUGCGCUGAGUGAGGGGUGCCUGCUGGGCACUGGUGUUCCUGGGCCCCCGGCGAGAGGCUCCAACCUUCUCAUGGAUCUGGGGCCCCGUUUGCUGCUCUUGCUGUGGACUCCAGUGGUGGUGGUGGCAUUGCUGGCCCAGGAGGGGCUAGGCCAGCGCGUCUACACCAACACCUGGGCCGUGCUUGUCCCAAGGGGGCCACAGGAGGCUGACAGGCUGGCCAGGAAGCAUGGAUUCCUCAACCUUGGGCCGAUUGUUGGUGACUAUUACCACUUCCAGCACCGUGCAGUGGUGAAACGUUCCCUCUCUCCGCACCGGUCCCGGCAUAGCCAUUUGGCCAGGGAGCCUCAGGUGCAUUGGCUGGAGCAGCAGGUGGCAAAGCGCAGGAUGAAGAGAGACGCCUUCACGGAGCCCGCAGACCCCAAGUUCCCUCAGCAGUGGUACCUGUACAACGUGAACCAGCGGGACCUGAACGUGCGGGGGGCCUGGGAGCAGGGCUACACCGGCAGGGGGAUAGUCGUCUCCAUCCUGGACGAUGGCAUUGAGAAGAACCACCCAGACCUAGAGGACAACUAUGACCCCGGGGCCAGCUUCGAUGUGAAUGACCAGGACCCAGACCCACAGCCUCGCUACACACAGAUGAACGACAACAGACAUGGCACCCGCUGUGCUGGUGAAGUGGCUGCUGUGGCAAACAACGGGAUCUGUGGCGUGGGAGUGGCUUACAACGCCAAGAUCGGAGGUGUGCGCAUGCUGGACGGGGAAGUGACCGAUGCCGUGGAGGCCCGCUCCCUGGGCUUAAACCCCAACCACAUCCACAUCUACAGUGCCAGCUGGGGCCCCGAGGACGAUGGCAAGACAGUGGACGGGCCGGCCCGGCUGGCAGAGGAGGCGUUCUUCCGAGGGGUCAGUCAGGGCCGGGGGGGACUGGGCUCCAUCUUCGUCUGGGCCUCUGGGAACGGGGGCCGCGAACAUGACAGCUGCAACUGCGAUGGCUACACCAACAGCAUCUACACGCUGUCCAUCAGCAGCACCACCCAGUACGGCAACGUGCCCUGGUACAGCGAGGCCUGCUCCUCCACCCUCGCCACCACCUACAGCAGCGGCAACCAGAAUGAGAAGCAGAUUGUGACAACCGACCUGAGGCAGAAGUGCACAGAGUCACACACAGGGACCUCUGCCUCGGCCCCCCUGGCAGCUGGCAUCAUCGCGCUUACCUUGGAAGCGAAUAAGAACCUGACCUGGCGGGACAUGCAGCACCUGGUGGUGCGGACCUCGAAGCCAGCGCAUCUCAACACCAACGACUGGGCCACCAAUGGCGUGGGCCGCAAAGUCAGCCACUCCUAUGGCUAUGGCCUGCUGGAUGCGGGGGCCAUGGUGACCCUGGCCAGGAACUGGACCACGGUGGGACCCCAGAGGAAGUGCAUCAUCGACAUCCUUACUGAGCCAAAAGACAUUGGGAAGCGCCUGGAGGUCCGGAGGAAGGUGGAUGCCUGCCUGGGGAAGGCCAGUUCCAUCGGCAGGCUGGAGCACGUCCAGGCCAGGCUAACGCUCUCCUACAACCGGCGUGGCGACCUGGCCAUCCACCUCACCAGCCCUAUGGGCACCCGCUCCACCCUCCUGGCUCCCAGGCCCCACGACUACUCGGGUGACGGCUUCAACGACUGGGCCUUCAUGACCACGCACUCGUGGGACGAGGACCCCUCCGGUGACUGGGUGCUGGAGAUUGAAAACACUAGCGAAGCCAACAACUACGGCACCCUGACCAAGUUCACGCUGGUUCUGUACGGGACGGCGACAGAGCCCCCCAGCCUCUCCAACCGGCUCGAAAGCAGCGGCUGCAAAACCCUCACCUCCAGCCAGACCUGUGUGGUGUGCGAGGAGGGAUUCUACCUGCACCAGAAGAGCUGCCUGAAGCACUGCCCCCCCGGCUUCGUGCCCAGCCUGCAAAGUGCCCACUACGCCCUGGAGAACAGCGUGGAGCCCAGCCCCCCUCACCUGUGUGUACCCUGCCAUGCCUCCUGCGCCACCUGCAUGGGGCCCACGGCCAAUGCCUGCCUCAGCUGCCCAGCCCACUCACACUACAACAGCCUGGACCUGACGUGCUCUCACCAGACGCAGAGCAGCCGCGCGUCACCUGCCCUGGGCCAGCCCGAGGCACCGCCCACCUCCAAACUGGCCAUCCUGGUGGCCAGCCUCAGCUGUGUCUUCAUCAUGCUCAUUUUCAUCACCGUCUUCCUGGUGCUGCAGCUGCGGUCGGGCUUCAGCCUGCGGGGCGUCAAGGUGUACUCCCUGGACAGUGGGCUCAUCUCCUACAGGGGGCUCCCCGCCGACCUGUGGCAGGAGGAGCUGCCUUCCGAGUCGGAGGGUGAGGACUGUGAGGUGCACAGCGAGAGGACUGCCUUCAUCAGAGACCAAAGUGCCCUUUGAGCCCCCCGGCCCCUCCCUGCCCUGCCCUGGCACAGCCCCUGGGGCGGGGAAGGCCGAGGGGCCCUGGACACUGCCUCGUCCUGCUCAGGCGAGGGCUUCACCAGGUGCUGGCACCGUCCUGUGGGCACCUCUGCUCCUGGCCCAGGGCAGCGGCUGCCUGCCCUGCUCUAGGGAGGGCCCCCUGGCACCGUCCUGGGCUCUCACCCCCACAGAACCAGGCCCAGUCUCUGGUUUCUUUUAACUCGCCAAAGUGUUUUUAGCAUGGGGCCCCCUCUCCCCCACCAGCCGCAUGGGCCUGGUGAGGGUCUUGUCUGCCAGCCCUGCCUGUGCCCGUCACACCAAUGUGCUGGGGCAGGGGCAGCCAGAUGCAUGUCUCUCAGGGCUGGGGCUCCUAUCUGCUCGGGCUGG